AUGGAGGAAGUCAACCACCCCCCCUGGGAAGCUGCCUUCUGGAAAAACUUCUUCACUAAAAAGAGACACCCCCAAAAUGGUCUACAAAGCGACUCCUCCGUGGAGAUUAAACAGCCCGCUACUCUACAACUGAAAAAUGUCCUCAUUAACCAUUGCACAAUCAGUGGAGACCUCCCACUGGACGAGUUAAGUUGUGUCCACCUAGGGAAAGACGUGGUCAUCCAGAAGGGGAAGGAAACAUAUAUAGGAAACUUUAAAGGUAGAAAUGUGGAUGGGUUUGGAAAAAUAACCACACAGCAACUUGUGUAUGAAGGGCGCAUACGAAAUGGUGAGAAAUGUGGUCAGGGAAAAGGAACUUUCUUUUUGGGUCCUUCCGUUGGUGAUGCUCAAUCCAGCGUAGUGAUCUACAAGGGGGAGUGGAAACGAAACAAGCGUAACGGCUACGGAGUUAUGUUAAUAAGGAAGCAUGUAAAUCACCCCACUGUGAAGACAUACGAAGGUUGGUGGAGACAAGACGGGAGGCACUUCUACGGUGUCCAACGGUAUGUGAAUGCCGUUUAUUGUGGCUUCUGGGCGAGGAACAAAAAGUGCGGGUUUGGGAAAAUGUGUUGGUUUGCAAAAUGUAGGGAACGCACUAAACCAUGUGACGACAUCACCUCUAGGAGGUCUCCCCCCAAAAAAGGCAGCACACCCAAGAAGAUCAUACAAAACGUAUACAUGGGGGAAUGGCAGAACGACGAAAUGCACGGGUACGGAACGUACUUCUGGUUCGUUAAACGCACAAAUAGGAAGAAUACCCCCUAUCAAAGUGAACGAUACGAUAAGUAUGAAGGCUACUGGCAAAGGGGCGAAAGAAAUGGGUUCGGCAUUUUCCAUCACACAUGUGGAGAUACCUAUUGGGGUUACUGGAAAGACAACAAAAAACAUGGACAAGGGUAUCUCCUAAAAAUAAAUGGCACAGUUUACAAAAGCAACUACCUCCAUGGGGAAGUCACAGCUCAGGUAGAGCUCAACCAGACCUACGUAAUGAAUCACUUGUAUACGAAUUCCAUCUGCCAGGUCGUCAACUUAGGGACUCUCCUCCAGGAAGAUCCCAACUUAACCAACAGGGAUAUAAAACAUUUUUACAAAAUUGUGUAUGACCAUUUUGACCUCCUAAUGAAGGUAUAUGGUUUGUACUGGCGGAAGGAAAACCGCAUAGCAGGGGGGAAGAAGAGGGACAAAAGAAGUAUUAUCAAGGAGACUGCCCGUCCCCCCAUCGGGAGCUUCAAACUUAAGAACCUCUGGCUCAUGUUCUACGAUGCGAAGAUUAUCCACAGCAGCUUCCCCCUUAGCUCACUAAACAGGUUAGUAAAGGACGACACGUCCAUAGGUGAACACGUAGAUUUGGGUAGUCUCCUUUGUGAUAAUUACAGCUGGGUGGAUGAUAAUACACCACUGAAUGAAGAAGAAAUGGUCAGGAGCUUCUUCCAGUCUGGCCACUUAUUAACCGAGCACUUUUGUGGGACACAUGACGCACCAAGUGGGGCAAUCCAUCCUGUGAACACCCCGCCAUACGGAACUAACAACCCCAUGGCGCACGUCCUUUUCAACAAAGACCUCUUCAUGGUGAGAGGCUUUGCAAAGUUUUACAAAAAACAGUGGAAGAAGCAGCGGUGUUAUCAUAUGAAGGAAGCAAAACUCCUGUUAAAAAAAAUUAGCCUUUUCCUUUUUACAAAUAAAAGUAGACACAACAACGGCUAUCUGUUCUACGUCCUGUUUAGUGUGUUCCACUCUGCCUUCCCUGUCUGGUAUGCGUUAGCGCGCAUGAAUGGGGCGUGCCCGGUUGGCCGCACAGGAGGGGCAAGACAGAAUGGCAAUAUGGGAAGCCAUCGAAGUGGUGACUCAUGUGUGGAUGCCAGUAGGAGUGUCCACUUGAAGAGACACCUUGCCCUGCUAAACCUAGGCAGAUAUAACAUUCACGAUGAAAGGAGGAAAAUCUCCUUUAACUCCUUCGUGUAUACAUUCGUACGCGUGUCGUUGCACCUAAGAGAUCUUCGAGGCGAGCACCACACGCGCGUCAUGCUCAGCCUACUUAAUGCGCUGAAAGGGUGUGUGCGCAAUGUGGACGGGCAGAAACCACACCCCCACAGCGGUAACAUCAAGGGGGGUUUAAAAAAGAGGAAGAGAAGAACGAAGCGGCCUCCCAACAAGUGUGAAAAAAAGGCAGAGGAGGAGAAGUGGGCCGUAAAUGGGAGAAAGGCCAAAACUGAGAACCGUGAAAAUGGUGUCUGUCCCAAAAAAUACACGCAUCCUGCGGGUCGCCAAGGAUUAGCCCCCAGUCAAGCGGGCGAAACGCGGCAGGGGGGAGGAAAUUUCCACGAAAAAAAAAAAGUGAAAAAAGUGAAGAACGCUACGAAAAGGGCGAAUGCCUUGCCCAACUGCGCCAUCUGCUGCCACCGUGGCGCACCGCCAAUCAAACCAAAUGAGAAAAAUAAAAACGGUUCCCACCCGACCGGCAAAGAAGGCCUUACCGUGUUAGUGAACAUACUGGACAACUUCGUCUACUACUUCAUUUUAUACUACCUUCUGUUCAACUCAACGGAAGAGCGUUUUUCACUCCUCAGUGCAAAAUUAAAUGUGUCCCUACGGCUGGGAGAUGUGCUAAAAUUUUUACUAAAGUUGAAGCUAACAAGGAAGGAUGAGACAACUGGGGGGGACGCAAACAGUAUCAAUUUGGGCCCGCACCACCACUGCGAUGACUACCGGCCAGUUGGCAGGGGGCGAACAAAAAUUAAGGCGAAAAAGUGGAAACCCUUGCACAUCCUGAAUUGCGCAGAUAAAAAGGGAGAAAAAGAAGGAACAACACUUCCUAAGCGGCAGACGAAUAAUAACCACUAUAGCGAGGGGGGACAUACAAAUAUAUGCGCAAGAAAAAAAAAAAAAAAAAAAAAAUCCCAAUUUCACCUGAACCGUUCAGGCAAAAACGACAACAAGAAGAAGAAAGUCUUAAAAAAAUUCUCGCGUAUGUUCUGCUUAUCCUUCGUCCAAGUGUUGGCAAUCUUUGCAAAAACGUUCAACACACCAAACUUGCAUUUAACAAAUGAGUCUAAUUUGCAAUUGUGUCUCCCCCGGCCAAACGAAAGGGAAAAAAUCGACAAACACCGCUUGCAAAAUAAUGCGCUACGCUACAUUGUCCUAUUAAAUGAGGAGAAAAAAAAAAUUCUGAACAAGUUUGCCACAUGCGCAAAGCGGAAAAGUUACUCAGAGGAACUUCUCCCCAAUCGGAGAAAUGGCGAGACAAAGGAAGAAGCACCCUGCCUUGUGCACACCAAGGGGUAUAAGAACAAACUGCUGAACGAACUGAGCGAACUGAUGAAACAACUUGAAGUGGAAAAUUUGGAACAAGUCGGAAACACUUCACCCCCUUCUGUGCAACAUGAAAAGGAAAAAAAAAGAAACAAGAAGGGGGGAAGAAAAGAUGAAAAGAAAGGUCCAAAGAGGAUCCAUUCGGAUGUGGAGGAAUGCCCCCAGGUGAUGUCGCAUGAGGGGGGACACGCACAUGUGCGCAUAAAACGAAAGAGCCAAGUUGAAGUGGCAUUGCAUCGAUUGAGGAAGCGGUUCGCUCACUCCCGGAAGAACUACAUGAAUGUUCUCGAUUACUAUAACACGUGCGUAACUCCCUACGAAUUGGGUUUGUUUUUUUUAAGAUUCGUUCGAGUGGUAAAGCGGAAAAGGGAGAUCAACAGUUCGUACAGCGACGUGCUGUUCUUUUUCGUUUUCCACGUUUUGCUCCGAAGGACCUUCCGACUGGCGCGGCAGGCGGGCGCUCACCCGUGA